GAGAGAGAGAGAGAGAGAGAGAGAGGAAUGUUUUCUGCCUCAUAUCUGAAGUGGGACAGAGGAAAUCUCUUCUCUCCCAGUGCAGCGAUAUUGAAAGUGUAUUAAAUGGUCUGUUUUCUGACUGGAUGUGUAAACAGGGUCAUGGCUGUCCAUGAGUGGACUUUAACAUGUGGCUGAAGUGCAGUGAGACACCUUUAUGGGGACCAGGAGACCUGCAGCUUGGACAGGAAGAUGAUGAAGAUGACAGUCCGCAGGAAACACAACAUUAUUAAAGUGUUCACCAAAACCACGACUCUACACAGUGAUGCAUACUGGGAAGAUCACACAUCACAGAAUGCACUGCUUCUCCUGGAAGACCACGCCCAUCUCACCAAUGGCUCCAAGACGCGAGAGAGGCUCCUCCUACUUUCCACAGACUCGCUUAUUGUUGCCAAAACCAAAUCUCUGUUUCUGAAGCUGAAAGCUCAGGUGAAUCUCUCUGAAAUCUGGGUCUCGUCCUGUACACAUCGUGUCACAAGCAAGAAGCUCAGCACCAGAACCUCCUUUGUGAUUGGCUGGCCAACAACCAAUUACGUUGUGACACUCAGGUCUGCAGAGACAAAGGACAAGUGGCUGUGUGCUUUACAAUGGCACAGCACGAGAGCCAGGCGGUGUUUGAUCCCGAACCGUAUCAUCCUGAAUGUUCAGCUGUUCGACUCAGUGGUGACAACAGCAGUGAGUGUGGACGUCCAGUCUACGUCUGAGGGCGUGGUUCAGAGUGUGAUACAGCAGAACGGUCUCACUGGCGGAGUCUCAGACUAUCAGCUUUGUGUGCUGUAUGAUGGAGAGGAAGAAAUGUACCCACUUAUCGGUCACGAGCUCCCAUAUUGCAUCCUGCUGCACUCUUUGCGAGGUCAGAGGUCAGCGACAUGCUCGGUAGACACCAGUGGCACAGCGCUGAUGAUGCGUGUCACUGACGACGCAAACAAGCCGACAGCACCUCGUUUUAUACUGAAGAACCGAAGUGCGCUACACACAUACACCCAUGCAGGUUCUCUAAAGAACAAGAGAAAAAAAUCUCUGAUUGGCUGGGCCCUGAGGAAAGGACAAGUCCAAUCAGAAGGACAGACUGACCUUCAGCCCACCUCCAACCAGCUGUUUGGCCAAUCACUGGCCUCGGUUUGUCAUGAUGGAAACCUGCCUGAACCUGUAAUGGAUCUACUGUGUGUGCUGUACCGUGAGGGUCCUGAAACACUCGGAAUAUUCCGGCGCUCUGCAAAUGCCAAGAGCUGCAGGAUCCUGAAAGAGAAGCUGAACCUCGGACAUCGAGUUUCAUUACGCGGAGAAUCUGUGUUUGUCGCGGCGUCUCUCCUUACUGAGUUCCUGCGCAAGUUGCCCGGAAGUGUCUUGGGUUGCGAUCUGUAUGAGGAUUGGAUGAGUGCAAUAGAAGCAGAUGAUCAGCAGUACAGAUGCUCCUCAGUGAAGAGUGUGUUGGCAAAGUUGCCCCAGGUCAACCGUACACUGUUGUGUUAUGUGUUCGGAGUGCUCCAUCACAUACACACACACUCGGAUGUGAAUCAGAUGACGGCGUCUAAUCUGGCUCUGUGUAUCGCACCCAACAUGCUGUGGAGAGCUACGACAUCGAACCCGGAGCAGGAGAGCCAGAGCAUGCUGGAGGUGGCUGCACUCGUCCGCUUCCUGAUAGAGAACACUCCCUCCAUCUUUGGAGCUGAAGUGGAAGACUCUUUUACGACGCUCUUGAACAUGGCGCAGAAAAACGACGACCUCACAGCUAAGGCCUCCCUGCCCCUGCACUCAUCCUCAGAAGAGACAGAUCUGGACAUCCUUCCUUCUCGUCUCCUCUCUCCGGACCUCGAGCCGUUCCUCCCACUGAGCACUCUGUCCUUGAGUGAAAACAGAAAAUUGUGUCCCUUUAAUGUUGCGACAGAAACCUCAGAUGGCGUGUACAGCUGCGGCACGCUCGAUUUAGCGUCACAGAAAUCCAUCUCGCUCGGCGAAUUCGGUCGGUCACGGGACAGGUGUCUUUCUGAGCCUUCGAUGUGCUUUGCCACAACGAGUCCUCGCCAAGCCCCGCCCCAUCCUCUUGUCAUCCGGCAGUCCAGCUGCGACGAUCCCACCAUGGAAACUAAAACUGACCAAUCACAGAGCCCGGUGUUGCAGGGUCGCAGUAGAGGAAAGGGGCGCUACGCUUUCUGGAAGUCUCCACAGUUUUCUGCACGUUUCCGUCCUCCUGCUCAGCGACUGGCCAGCAUGUCCAGCCUGUCGUCAACGGCGACGUCGUCUCUCAGCUCACUGGACAGCUUUGAGUACAUCCCAAGUCCGAGUGAUGAUAAACCCCGCCCGUUUUUGUUUGGCACUUCGGCUCGGCUCCGGCCUCUGACUCCUGAAAUGCCGAGGAAGCUGUGGACGAUGGCAUUCACUUAUGAUGAGCUGAUGGAUGGAAACACAACCAGAGAAAGGGAUGAAGACAAAGAGGGAGGAGUUAAAUUUUUGGACAUAAACAUUGAAGACAAGUGUAAAGGAAAGAAUGGACUAAAGGACGAAGAGGAUGGAGAGAUGAAAGCAGGCGGAAGUGGAGUGAUUGAUGACCAAGAUGGAGGGAUGCAAGCAGAGGAACAUGAGACUCCACGCCAGGAUGAAGGAAUCUCACACCACAUGCUACUUGAGAAACAGGACAGGGACAUGGGACUCGUACACACACUCUCACACACACACCCUUGUCCCAUACACACAAAGCACACUCGCACACUGCACAAACACUCGCUAACUCUCCCGUCCAAACAAGACAAAACCAGCAGGAUGAAAAUCACGUUGUUCCCCAGCGUGGGCAGGAGGAUAUUCAAACAGUCCACGAGGGUUACCUUGGAGACGGGGGGAGAGUCAGUUACCAUGGCGCAGGUAAAUGUACCACAAACGCUGUUUUACAACCAGAACGUCAACCUUGUGCUUCGAUCAGAAGGAAAAUGUAAGAUUAGCGAUGCCGAUGGUGAUGGUGUUUGUACAUGUAAUGACAUUUGCGUUAGCAAAGCAACAGAAGACAGUGCUAGCCAUGAGCUUAGCAUUAAUGCAACUGAAAACGGUUUUUCUCUGAGUGACAGUGAAACUGAUCUCCGAAGUGGAGUUGAUGUUAGCCAAACAGUUAGCAACAUUAGCGACAGCAAAUCCUUGAACCAAAGUACAGGCGAUGUUAGCCAGAGUGACCACAGAGUUCGCAUCAAUGCUCCUUGUAGCACAGACCACAAGAUUAGCAUAAACAUGAAUGAUUCUAUUCAGAGUGACCCUGAAAAUGGCAAUCGCGCUCCUGCUGCCACUGAUUACACAGUUAGCAUUAGCAGUAUAGGUCGUGAUAAUGACAGCACAUAUGUUAGCCAGAGUACUUCAACUAGCAUGAGCCAUAUGGUUAGCAACAGCAAUGUGGACCACAUUAGUGAUGUCAAAUCCGUUCCCCAUAGUGCUAGCCAGAGCAUCAGUACACCUACGACUAGCAUGAGCCAGACGGUUAGUGUGAACAAAAUUAGCCACAGUGUUAGCAGUUCUCUGAGUAAUGCUAAUCAGUAUGCAGAUGCAUCGACCAAAACUUCGCUCCGACAAACCAUACACAUACGGCUACCGGCUACGGUACGCAACAGCGUCAGAGCGUACUUUAGGCCCGCCCACACACACGCACACAUACGCACACAUUCAGUGAUGCACACACAGUCAGAGACGUACACUCACACACACACUCACACACACACUCACACACUGCCCAGAUCACAGAACAGGCCCCUGUUCAUGACGAAACUUCAGUAGGAAAAAGCUGUUCACCAAUAUGGCGGAAUUCCUGUGUUAGUCAUGUUAGCAGUUGAUGCUAAGUGUAAUGUUUGUGUAAUUUUAUUUGUACAGAAGAUUUUUUAGUAAUCUUCCAGCACAUCUGAGGUAAAUGUUGACGUUCUGGAUGUUUCUGUGUCACUUCCACUCUCACUGUGUCUUUACAUUGGGUCAAUAUAGAAGAUUUAAAGUAUACAGUACUGCUUGAAAGUUUG